GGUUCGUAAAAAGAUCUGAUCAGAUUCUUUUGUUGCUAUCGAUGUUAUUAUCUCUUUUGUAGCCUCUGUUUCGGAAACAGUGGCCGCAGGUUCGUCGAUCAUCUUUAUACCUACCCUAAAGGAUUGCUCGAUAAUGAACGCUGAUACAACUAUAGGCAGUGCCGAAGUUACAUCCGCCAUUAUACGCAACUCUAUCUUUCAUACGGAUGUUGCUCGGCAAGCCAAACAAUCUGACGUGGCCGUUUUCUCGCAGGCCUUACACUUCUCCCUAGUGGGUCUGUUUUCUACUUAUGAGGCUAUGGCUUAUCAUGAUAGAAUGAUUAAGGCAACCGACAAGCUGAAGACUUCUAGGGAUAGGCAAAAUGAGAGAGUAAAUGAGCUGGAGCUUUGGCUGGUAGCAUCUGAAGGUAAGACAGCUGAGGUUGAGAAGAAACUUCAUACAAUGGAUUUUGUGCUGAAGUCUUCGUCACAGGAGAUUAUUGCUUUGAAGGAGGAGAAAAAGUAACUUUUUGUUGCUCUUUCUGCUUCGAAGACAAGUCUUUCGAAUGGGGUGAAUGCUACCAAGGAGGAGGGAUGUAAUGAAGCCACUGCCAUCUAUGAAGUGUGGUUCGCCAAGUUGGAGAACAUACUGUUUGAAAACGAAUGGAUGUCUGUAAUUCUUUUGGUGGUUGGUUGUUGGUGAUAAAGCGUGAGAUGAACGCUUGCUGCAAUUGCUUCCAGUCACUGACUGAUCAGACUUCUAGUUUAUAAUACCAUAAAAGUGCCAUCUCACCUACGCUUGAGGAGAACAUUCAGUACAUGAUUGGAUCAUUAUUGCUUCACAAUGUCAUGGCUUGAGUAUAAUGCUGAAUGUGGCUAGUCGGAUUUCUUUUGCCAUCAUAUAGGUUAAACUUUGGUGAGGUGAACCUCUCGGUGGGUUGACACUAUCUAUUACUCGGGAGAAUAGCGAAGCUAGUUCUUAUGUGAAGAGCUUUCUUCGAACGGGCUUAGAAUUUCCCCAUGUUCAUCCAUCAAGCCAACUUCUCAAGUCAUUCUUCUGGUAAUCCUUGGAGUCCUCUCUUCAGGUGACCUAGCGCUUUCUCUGUGUCCGAUCAAGGUGGCUGCUAGCUGUUUGGCUGGCCGUUCCCUGAGGACCGGUCUUCCUGUGAAUCUCGGUAGUCUUUAUUUGGGUGUUGGGUUUACUUUAGGCCAAGCAUAGUUCUUCUUUGAGGGCUUCGACUUGUGCCACCAACUGAUCUAUGAGUUGAGCUUGUUGAUCUUCAUUAUCUGGCGAGGGGAUUAUUUUUUCUAAGUCUUUGGGUGCCACUUUGGAAUUAUGGCCGAAGUUUAGACUCGCCAUAUUUUCGAUUGGUGUGUUUUGAUGAUCGCUUAGUAUUUCUUCUAGAGAAUGAUAGGUUAUCUUCUCAUCCUUUCCACAGAAGGCGUCAAUUGUGAAAGAUAAAAAUCUUCUCCACAAGGAAAGCGAGAUGAAGUGCUCAUUUAUUUACUUUACAAAGAGAAACCAAUUCAUUAGUGAUCACUCCCGAUCAGAGAUGGUCGGGAGGAUCCUUCGACGGUCAAGUUAGA